AUGUCCACUUCCAAGGAAUGUUCUCCAGAAACCUUAUACGCUAUAUUUGUGGAAUUACUCAGAGGUUUUGGGACAUUGAUUUUGCAGGCCUAUAAGGACAGGUGUGUUGCAUUCAUUGAAAGGUUUACUGGGGAAAAGUGUGAGAAGCUCUAUUACUUCCAACCUGAUAUUUAUUUUCCAAAAGACCAUUUUAGGAAUAGUAACAUGCAGGAACGGUUAGAUGAACAUAAAAAUGUGGUUUUUGGUAACAUAGAGGAAGAGGUACUUUAUGGUGCAGGACUAAUUAAGGAAGUUGAAACAGGCCAUCAAGAUGUGGCUGAUGUUGACGAUGAGGAAGAGAUUGGCAAGGAGGAUGACGAAGAGGAUGAGGAUGCUAAUGACGAUGAGGAUAACCAUGAGAACCCUCAUUUUUUCAUAAAUGAUAAUGGGAUUUAG